UGAGCAUCGUCUCCCGGGAGAGGAGAGGAGAGGAGAGGAGGGGGGGGGUCUGCAGCAGGAAGGAUGCGUAAUAGGAACAACAGCCGGUGCCUUCAAAUUCAAAAUAUCCGGAUGAAAAACAAGAGCAUUCUGUGGAAAACUGAGCCGACCUUUUCACAGAAUAACGGUGGCCUUGGAAGGGACCUUGGAGGUCCUCUAGUCCAACCCCCGGCUGCCCACCACCCCUUAAUUCCCCGGGCCCAGCAGAAGGGACAUUUUCGGCAUCCCUUCCUCAAAUUCAGCCCGCACCCCUUUCUCGGCCCAGGUAUCUCAAAGGGGCUAAUUUACAGAAUGCAUCCAAACUCCAGGAUCCGGGAUUUUCCCAAUGGGAUCCAAAUUCAGCCAAUUUCAGAAAGACUUUGAUGACAUGAUAGGAAGGAUCGUAACAUUGUUAUGAGAGGCAUCAUAACAAAUCGUCAUUAAACGUUUCCUGCGGUCGCUGUGUUGAGCUACUCUGGGGGCAGAAUCAUCUCUAAACAUCUCUCCCAAUUUUUAAGAACUUUCUGAGGAUAUUAGAAGCUCCGGCCUUAUUGCUGAAAGCAUGAAGACUCUGGGAAGAUAAGACAGGCAGUCCUCGACUUACGACAGUUCGUUUAGUGACCAUUCUAAAUUACCAUAGGGCUGAAAAAAGUAACUUAGGAUCGUGCCCAAAGAUGCUUUUUCAACUGGACUUUCUGAUUUAUGACCAUUUUUCACACUUAACGACCGUUGUAGCAUCAGGUCACGUGGUCGCGUGAUCCAAAUUCAGACGCUUGGCAACCGAUUCAUAUUUAUGACAGUCGCCAUGUCCCGGGGUCCAUGUAACUAACUUGACAACUGUGGUGAUUCCCUUUUUGCAACAGUGCCAAGAAAGGUCGUAAAACGGGACAAAGCUCACUUCACAACUGUCUUGCUUAGCAACAGAGGUUUGGGGCUCUGUGGUGGUCAUAAGUCGAGGACUACCUGUAUCUCUGAAACGAUAGCAGCCGAGAACUCAUGGGUUGCCUAAUUUAAGGAAAACCACAUAUUUCUAAGUUCUUUCAUCCUUAUUUUUAUGUAUUUGUUUGAUUUAAUCUUCUUUGUUCUCUCCUGUUGUCUCCCCAGCAACUGAUGCUGGCUUGUAGGAACACAAUCACAAAGAUGACAACUGUUGUGGGCUCCUGAGAUCAGGCUGGCUGGCAAGGGGGAUCCGGCCGGCCCCUGGGGAGAAGGGCUGCUCUCUGGAGCUUUUGCACCACCCAUCGUCCUGUCCUGCCCUCCUCUGGGGUGAGCCGGGAUGCUUUAACCGCCAGCCGCAACUCCGUCAACGUGCCGAGACCCUCCCGCGCGCUCGUGGCCAUGCCACCCCGGCCUUCCUCGGGGGAGCUAUGGGGGCUGCACCUCAUGCCCCCCCGGAUCAUGGUGGACUGCUGCCUGCCCAAUGGGAUGGUGGUCACCCUGGAGUGCCUGCGGGAGGCCACCCUCCGCAGCAUCAAGCAGGACCUCUUCAAGGAGGCCAGGAAGUAUCCGCUCUUCCACCUGCUGCAGGAGGAAUCAUCCUACAUCUUUGUGGGGGUGACCCAAGAAGCCGAACGGGAGGAAUUCUUUGACGAGUCCCGGCGUCUUUGCGAUCUGCGGCUCUUCCAGCCGAUCCUGAAGGUGGUGGAGCCCGUGGGGAACCGGGAGGAGAAGAUCCUCAACCGGGAGAUCGGAUUUGCGAUUGGGAUGCCCAUCUGCGAAUUCGAGCUGGUGAAGGAUCCCGAGGUGCAGGAAUUCCGGCGCAACAUUCUCUCCGUUUGCCGAGAAGCCGUGGAGACCCGGGGGUCGGCGGGACCCCAAAGCCAGGCCUUGUAUGUCUACCCUCCCAACGUGGAAUCCAGCCCUGACCUGCCCAAGCACCUGUACAGCAAGUUGGACAAAGGUCGGAUCAUAGUGACCAUUUGGGUUAUUGUGUCCCCAAACAACGACAAACAGAAAUACACCCUCAAGACGCCGCAUGACGCGCUGCCUGAGCAGGUGAUCGCCGAGGCCAUCCGGAAAAAGACCCGGAGCAUGCACCUCUCGCCCGAACAGCUGCGCCUCUGCGUGCAGGAGUACCAGGGCAAGUACCUGCUCAAGGUUUGCGGCUGCGACGAGUAUUUGCUGGAGAAGUACCCCCUCAGUCAGUACAAGUACAUGAGGAACUGCAUCGCCAUCGGCCGCCUGCCCCACCUGAUGCUGAUGAGCAAGGAGAGCCUCUACAGCCAACUGCCGGCCAACGUCUUCGUGCUGCCCUCGUACGCGCGCCGGUCGGCCACCUCCUUGCACGUGAACGGAGAUGCGCCCACCAAGUCCCUCUGGUCCAUCAACAGCCUUCUGCGCAUCAAGAUCCUGUGCGCCACCUACGUGAACGUCAACAUCAGGGACAUCGAUAAGAUUUAUGUCCGGACGGGAAUUUUCCACGGUGGGGAACCCCUUUGUGAUAACGUCAACACUCAGCGGGUGCCGUGCUCCAACCCUCGGUGGAACGAGUGGCUCUCCUACGACAUCUACCUGACCGACCUGCCCCGGGCGGCUCGCCUUUGCGUCUCCAUUUGCUCCGUCAAGGGCCGGAAGGGGGCCAAGGAGGAGCACUGCCCCCUGGCCUGGGGCAACGUCAACCUCUUUGACUACAAGGACACCCUGGUGGCCGGGAAGAUGGCCCUCAACCUGUGGCCGGUCCCCCACGGCCUGGAGGACUUGCUGAAUCCCAUCGGGGUCGGGGGCUCCAACCCCAACAAGGAGACUCCGUGCCUUGAGCUGGAAUUCACCUGGUACAGCCACCCGGUGAAAUUUGCCGAUGCCGCCGAAAUCGAGGAACACGCCAACUGGGCCAUGUCGCGGGAGCUGGGUCUGAAUUACUGUAUGGUGGGCUUGAGCAACCGCCUGGCCCGCGACAGCUCGCUGGACGAAAGCGAAUUGGAGCAGCUGCGCAACAUCUGCAACCGAGACCCCCUGUCGGAGAUCACAGAGCAGGAGAAGGACUUCCUUUGGCGUCACCGGCACUACUGCGUCAACCUCCCCGAGACCCUGCCCAAGUUGCUGCUGUCCGUCAAAUGGAAUUCGCGGGACGAGGUGGCCCAGAUGUACUGCCUCCUCCGGGAAUGGCCCCUGAUCAAACCUGAGCUGUCCAUGGAGCUGCUGGAUUGUAACUUCCCCGAUCCGGUCAUCCGGGAGUUUGCGCUGAAGUGCCUGGUCAAGGGACUGACGGACGACAAGCUCUCCCAGUAUCUCAUCCAACUGGUGCAGGUUCUGAAAUACGAGCAGUACCUGGACAACCCUCUGGCCCGCUUCCUGACCAUGAAAGCCCUGACCAACCAGAGGAUCGGACAUUUUUACUUCUGGCAUCUCAAGUCGGAAAUGCACAGCAAGCCCAUCUCCCAGCGCUUCGGGCUGAUGCUGGAGGCCUUCUGCCGGGGCUGCGGGAUGUACCUGAAACACCUGAACCGACAGGUGGAAGCCAUGGAGAAGCUCAUCAAUCUGACCGACAUCCUCAAGCAGGAGAAGAAGGAUGAGACCCAGAAGAUGCAGAUGAAGUUCCUGGUGGAGCAGAUGAGGCGGCCGGACUACAUGGAGGCCCUCCAAGGGUUCAUCUGUCCUCUCAACCCCGUCCACCAGCUGGGCAACCUCCGGCUGGACGAGUGCCGGAUCAUGUCCUCAGCCAAGCGUCCCUUGUGGCUCAACUGGGAGAAUCCAGACAUCAUGUCCGAACUGCUCUUCACGAACCACGAGAUUAUCUUUAAGAACGGGGACGAUCUCCGACAGGACAUGCUGACCCUGCAGAUCAUCCGGAUCAUGGAGAGCAUGUGGCAGAACCAAGGACUGGAUCUCCGGAUGCUGCCCUACGGCUGCCUGUCCAUCGGGGACUGCGUGGGGCUCAUCGAAGUAGUCAAGAGUUCCUACACCAUCAUGCAGAUCCAGUGCAAGGGCGGCCUGAAGGGGGCGCUCCAGUUCAACAGCAACGCCCUGCACCAUUGGCUGAAGGACAAGAACAAGGGGGAAGGGUACGAUGCGGCCAUCGACCUCUUCACGCGCUCUUGUGCCGGCUACUGCGUGGCCACUUUCAUCCUGGGCAUCGGUGACCGUCACAACAGUAACAUCAUGGUCAAGGACGAUGGGCAGCUCUUCCACAUCGACUUCGGGCACUUCCUGGACCACAAGAAGAAGAAGUUCGGGUACAAACGGGAGCGGGUGCCCUUCGUCCUCACCCAGGACUUCCUCAUCGUCAUCAGCAAAGGAGUGCAGGAGUGCACCAAGACCAAAGAAUUUGAGAGGUUCCAGGAGGUGUGCUACAAGGCCUACCUGACCAUCCGCCAGCAUGCCAACCUGCUCAUCAACCUCUUCUCCAUGAUGCUGGGCAGUGGGCUCCCAGAGCUUCAGUCCUUCGACGACGUGGCCUACCUGCGGAAGACGCUGGCGCUGGACAAGACGGAGCAGGAGGCCCUGGAGUACUUCACCAAACAGAUGAACGAGGCCCACCACGGCGGAUGGACCACCAAGAUGGACUGGAUCUUCCACACCAUCCGGCAUAUGCCGCUCAGCGAGGCCAGCCACGACUGAGGGACCUGCCGGGAGGAGGGUUGCGUGAACCCUCGCUCGGGCAGGGCCACGUGUUUGAUUUAGCCGAGACGCUCGUGGUCCGUGGCCUCUCUUGGGACCAGCUGAGAAGGUCUGGAGAAAGUCACGGGAGGGGACCUCAGGAUCGGCCCUGCCCUUCCUCUCCGAGCCCCAGCGGGAAAGACCCUCUCUGUUGACAUCGGGGGCCCCCUUCAGGCAAUGGUGAUCCUCUCCUCCGGGUUCAACCCAAGAGAUCCCCCUAGGCUCAAUCAGAGACCCUUCCUCUGCCCUCCGCUGAAGCUUCCUGGGGGGGGAGGGGGCUGCGGGGGGGAAGGAAGACGUGGGAGCAAUCAAAAGACAAGGGUAAUACUUGAAAACGUCUGGAGUCAGAAAAGGAAAAAAAAAAUCAUAAUUAUUUUCUCUCUCUCUCUUUUUUCAAAUAAAAAAUUUAAAAAAAAAACAUCAUGUUUGUAUUUAUGCCAGCCUCUAGAGCAGGGCUCUCCAAUCUUGGCAAUGUUAAGCCUAGAGAACUUCAACUCCCAGAAUUCCCCAGCCAGCAAAGCUGGAGACCCCUGCUCUAGAUGUCUUUUUGCUUGCUGAGUUGCAAAAUGCAAAUUCUGAAUUGUUCAGGUGGAAGGAGUCCGGGCAGGUACCUGUUCAUGCUACCACGUUUUAGGAUUGAAAGCUUUUUGGUAGUAAAAUUAGAGAUUGUAUUAAAUGUAAUAAAGUGCGAUGUUAUUACA